CCCGCCCACAGCCCGGUCCGGGCGACGUGUGGGGAGGCCGAGCCUCGCGGCGCUGCGCACACCCUUCCCUCGCUUCUGACGGCGUUUCCCAUGGCUGACUCCGUGCUUCCUUGCUCUUUGGGCCCAAGUGCCCUGGCUUCCAGUACCUACCGAGACGCUGCAGGUACCAAACAGACAAGGGCCCUGAAACGAGGAGGCGCGUCCAGAAGGCAAGCGGAACUGGAAGCAGCUGCGCGCAGGAAGGCAGAGUUUGAAAGGAAGGCUGUGCGCAUCGUUGAACAGCUAUUGGAAGAGAAUAUCACAGAAGAAUUCCUGAAGGAGUGUGGGGCGCUCAUCACGCCAGCCCACUACAGCGACGUGGUGGAGGAGCGAGCCAUCAUCAGACUCUGUGGCUAUCCGCUGUGCCCAAAGAAGCUAGGCGCUAUACCGAAACAGAAAUACAAAAUUUCUACUAAAACCAAUAAAGUCUAUGAUAUUACUGAAAGAAAGUCUUUCUGCAGCAAUUUUUGUUACAGAGCAUCUAAAUAUUUUGAAACACAGAUUCCCAAAACUCCAGUAUGGGUUCGAGAGGAAGAAAGGCCUCCUGACUUUGAGCUUCUGAAGAAAGGACAAAGUGGCCGCUCUGGAGAGGAAGUGCAGUUCUUCCGGGAGGCCGUGACGGCCGCUGACCUCGACGGCCCUGGGGCCUCUCCCUCCAGCGACGACGAGGAAGGCUUCGUGUCCUCUCUUCUGCCGGGCCCACGGAGGCCCGCGCCCCCUGCGGAAGCCGUGAGGGAGGAGGCUGCGGCCCACGCGGAGAGCACGGAAAGCGGCGCGGUGGGGGCUGCCGCCUCCGGGCCCGGAGGACCCGCGCUGGAGGGGCUGGCCGCGCGGCUGCGCGCCUGCCGCGUGGGCGCCGGGGAGGAAGCGGUGGCCGGGACUCCUCCACCCGGGCCUCUGGGCCCGAGCGCACACGAAGGUGGGCGCGGCGUGGCCGGAGUUACGCUUGUCGGCAUAAGCCGGAGGAGCGCCGAGCUUUUCCUGAGCCGAUUUGCCCGAGGUAACCGGGGCUCGGCGGGAGCACCCCCGGCCGGGGCCCAGGAGCGCCCUGAGGCUGCAAAGGCGAGCUUACUUCGCGUCCUGAAGGACACGCUGACCGAGUGGAAGACCGAGGAAACGCUGAGCUUUCUGCGCAGCCAGGACCGUGCUUCUGUGAGCCUGAGGCCUUCAUCCACCUGCGGGCCUGAUGGAGAGGCUGAUGAAGCUAAUGGGGAUGAUGAGGAUGACCUAAGCCACUCCGGGCCUGCCCUGAGCCCGCCUCAGAGCAACCUGCAUGAGACCCUCCCUGUCAGGGGCUCGCACACCGCUGUGCAGCCUCUGCCGAGCUACGAGAGCUUGAAAAAGGAGACGGAGCUGCUGAACCUGAGGGUGCGGGAAUUCUACAGGGGACGCUAUCUCCUCGGUGAAGAUGCUGCCAAGGAGCAGGACCCGACAGAGAAAGUAUUUCCACGUGAUCGCAGCUUCCCACUGAUUGAGUCAAGUUCCCAGAACCAGAUUAGAAAACGGAUUGUUCUUGAAAAAUUGAGCAAAGUAUUGCCUGGCCUUUUGGGGCCUCUUCAGAUUACAAUGGGAGAUAUUUACACUGAACUUAAAAACCUUGUUCAGACUUUCAGAUUAUCAAAUAGAAACAUUAUACACAAACCCGUGGAAUGGACUUUAAUCGCUGUGGUGUUGCUGUCAUUAUAAAAGUCAGGAAGACAGAAUAGAAGAUGAAUUCUACUCACCGCACCUGGAACUUUAGCCAGUGAGGGUCCAUGGAUGACUGAUGACUAUGUACAUUACUUCCUCAGACACAGGAAAGCCAUUACCCCAGCAGGAAGAAGAAAGCUUUUAUAUCCAGAACCUCAAAACACAGGAUUUCUAUUUGAGAAAGAAAAAAAUAAAUGAAGUCUUAAAUUGAAACUUAAA